GAGAACACGAGCAAGCAUGGGCUGCCCACGGCGCCUGCUGCUGGUCUCCAACUCCACCAUGCACGGAGGGGGGUACCUGGGCCACUGCCAGCAGCACAUCCAGAGCUUCCUCGGGGAGAAGGUGAAGCGGGUGCUGUUCGUGCCCUACGCGCUGCACGACCGGGACGCCUACGCCCGCACCGCCAGGGAGAAGUUUGCGAGUCUGGGUUACGAGCUGGACAGCAUUCAUGAAUCUUGUGAUCCAGUGGAAGCCGUAAGAAAAUCUGAAGCAAUAUUCAUUGGAGGUGGCAACACAUUCCGUCUCCUGAAAGCUCUUUAUGACAACAGACUGAUACAAGAGAUCAGGAAACGAGUUCUUGAGGAUGGGAUUCCUUACAUGGGAUCCAGUGCAGGAACUAAUGUUGCUACUGUCAGCAUCAACACUACCAAUGACAUGCCAAUUGUUUAUCCACCUUCCCUGCAAGCCCUAGGUUUAGUUCCUUUUAACAUUAACCCUCACUACCUGGAUCCAGAUGUUAAAAGCACUCACAUGGGUGAAACAAGAGAGGAAAGAAUUCGCCAAUACCAUGAAGAACCAAAUACCCCUCCAGUUCUGGGCUUGCGGGAAGGUGCAAUGCUGCUCGUGGAAGGAAACAAAGCCACCUUGCAAGGAGUGACAGGAGCAAGGCUUUUUUUGAGGGGUAAGAAACCAACUGAACAUGAGCCUGGAACAGAUUUCAGUUUCUUGCUGAUGGACAGCAAUUUCCAAUAGCCUUGCAUAUUCUACAGCAAAAGUCAGCAUGUGAAGAAGGGAAGAAAUGCUUGCAGUACAAGAGUGGGUAGAGAGCCUUAACUUUAUAAAUAAAACUAAAUAUGCAUUACGGGGCUCCUCUUCGCCACCCUGCUGACUUCUCAGACAAUCUCUCCUUCCCAAGAAAAAAAAAAAAAAAGGCUUUUUUGAAAUGCUUGAAGAAGAAUAGAAGAGUACUCUUACUCUGACAGGUUCUGAAUGUUCACGUCUCCACUUUGAUUCCUCCCUCAGCAAAGAAAGUUACCUUAACACAAUAGAGUCAAGAGUCAGCUGUUCCUGCUGCCUUGUUCUGCCUGUGUAAUAAAAUAAUCGUUCAUUUAGUGUAUUCCUACAGCAUUAGUUUCAUCUUAGCAGAAUUAAUAAAGUGAGAACUUUUGCAUUCA